UCAGUGUACCGGUGACUCGAGAACCGCUGUAGUUCAGCUGCUCGUGCUCGUCGGUUCUCUCGCUCUGCUGUGUGUUUCAGUGCUGUUGGAGUAUAACAGGAGUAUCAUAUACUCCGGGAUAGUGGUUCAUUUCGAGUCGCAAGGCAUGUCUAAAAGUGAGAAACUUUAGAAAACUGUGGAUCAGCGCUGACUCGAUACGAACUGUUUUGAACGAUUCAGUCCGGUUUGGUGAAUCGGUUCGACCGGACUAUUGAAUCGAACGAUUCGUUCGCGAACCGGACAUCACUAGUAAAUAAACGCCGAGGCUCCGGAACACGGACGAUAUUUAAUGAAAAUCUAAAGGAUGGAAAUAAGGCUUCCGAGUUUCACACACAAUCAUGUUGUAUUGUGUGUCUCCGCGGUGUUUGUUUUCGCAGGCGUGUCAGCGAUAGACGUGUUCACUCCGGGCGAGGUGUUUGUGGAGAACGGGACCACGGCGACUCUGUCCUGCAGCUUCAAGUCUAGAGAAGUGAUCAGCAGCUCGGCGUCCGUCACCUGGUCUUUCCUUCCGGAGGGAGAAGCCGGAGCGUUCACUUCAAUCUUCUAUUACACCGCUGGGAAGCAGUUUCCGGGCUCCGUGCCGCAGUUUAAGUCCCGUGUGGAAUGGGCCGGAGACAUGAACAAGAAGGACGGGUCGAUCCGCGUGAUCCAGAUGCAGUUCAAGGACAACGGGACGUUCAGCUGCGACGUGAAGAACCCUCCGGACAUCUCCGGACAGAUGUCCUUCAUUAAAGUCAGGGUGGUCAUGAAAGAGGCUCUUCCUCAGACCAGCGCGGCGGUGAUCGUGGGCGGCGUGAUCGGAGCCGUCAUCGGCAUCAUCAUCAUCGCUGUGGUCACCUACCUGAUCAUCAGACGACGGGAGCACAGUCACGUCUACGAAGGCUGCACCUCGUUAGAGAGUGUGAGCUCACAGAACACUCGGGUGGGGAAGAAAGCGGAGUCUAGCAACGACAACUCGCGCUGCUCCAGCCCCUCCGCCCCCGUACAGGGGCCGGUGAUUUACGCCCAGCUCGAUCACUCCGGCAGCAAGAACUCCUUCCACAAGAUGGAGCCGGUGGUGUACGCAGACAUCCGCAAGAACUAGAGCGCCUCGGCAUGUGCAUCUCUUCUUCACGUCAUUCAGAGGUCCUGUGAGACUGGCGUGAUCGGUCAGACGGGUGGGUUAGUACUGGACUGAUGACGGCACGUGACCACAGACUCUUUCUUCUGUUUCUGUGUCUGUUUUUAUGUCAAUGUGAGUUUCUAGAAUAAAAUAACGCAGCUGUAGAUGACGGAUCUCACACGUCUCACCACUCAAACUAUAUAGACGUUGCAUAGAGAGAAUGUUUUUUUUUAUGACGUUAUUGUCAUGAUACGAUCACCCCCAAUCCUCAUGAAUGCAGAAAGUCUCAUUAGAUCCUCAUUACUGGAGUACAGUACUCUUUUACUGUAUUAAAUUCAAAAAUACUGUUUUUUGUUACAUUUAAAUCAACAUAAGUACUAUCAUGAUGCAUGAAUAUUUUGCCAUUGAAGUAAUAUAUUUUGAUUUUACAUAAUGAUCAUGAGAUUUUAUGGGAAAGUGUGCCAAUUUUUGCUUUGUCAUUAAUAUCAAUUAUUAUUUUCUUAAGUUAAUGACCAAGUUACUUUUUAUAUUUUUUUGUAAGCAUCCAUGUCACAUUUCACCACAAAAUCAAUCAAACAAAGAAAUUAUAUUCUCAUUACUGCAUUAAAUUAUAAUAUUACUGUAAUACAUUUUUUUUUAAUUAACGAAAAAAAAAACAUAAAUAUUUUUCAAUUUAAGUAAUAUAUUUUGCAUAUUGAUCAUGAGAAUUAUUUUUAUUUUUAAAUGGUCAAGAAUCUAUUUUUAUGCACAUUUCACCACCAAAUCAAAAUUUGUUUUGUGAAGAGAAAAUGAAGCCUAUUAGACCAGAGGCUCUUUCACAAAGAAAUUCUGGAAAAUACACCGAUAAUGUGUCCUGUGAUUUGUCCAAGGAUCGUUUGAUUUAGUGAUUUUCCAGAAUCUGUGUGUGCAUUCACACACAUCCCGUAAAGAUAAUUAAGAACCCUCGAUUUCAUAACUGUAAUAGUUUUUAAUCAACAUUUCAAAAUGCCAUUAUGUAUAAAUACUUUAAAUUUACAUUACAUAUUAUUUUUGCAUUAUGAGAAUUUGCAUUGUGAUGUUAUUGUGUUUUUUUACAUUAAUUGUCCCAAAGAGAAGUAGAAUGUUUGGAUGUGAGACUCCAGUUUGUGUGGUGAGACGUGAUCCGCAUGCGUUCGUGAGAUCGACUGCAGCGUCUGCGCCGGUCUGGCUGCGUCUGCAUGUAACUGACGUUCUAACCACUGUCAGAUCAAGUACACUACAGUCCAGUAUUAUACAGUACUGGUUGUGUCAAAGCAGCUUUACAGUGUCAAACGGGAAAAGAGUUUGUCAAUGAUGCAAGAAGACACACUCCAAAACACUCCAGAAGCUGCCAAACGGAGGAGGACUGUUUGCACGUCUCAAUGGUUAGACUAGUUAGCUUGUUAACAAGACCGCACUAAUCCUGUUAGCAUAGGUGUGUAGAAAUUCCUAGUCUUCAGUGAUAGUUUAGUCAACUCGACUGUAUGUUCUGCAUUUAAUGCAUGUCUGCCAUUUGAGUUCAAACACUCCACUUUUAAGUCUUAAGUUUUUACAAAAAAUCUUCUUAUGUACAUUUCAUGUGUCAUAACUUAAGUUUUGUUUUUAUUUCUGACACUUUUGAACACUAUUGAGACCAAAAUGUGCUGUGAUUGACGGAUCAUUCCUUUGCGUUUCUGAUGCUGGAGUCCUGUUUUAUUUUGUUUUUUGCCUAGAUGACGAUUAUUUUUUGUACUGCACAUUCCAUGAUGCCUGUCGGUACUGGUUUGAUUCUGUUACUGCGGUUGCAAAUCCUGCGCUGUUUCUGAUUCAGACUGCAGCACUAUUGCGUCACAUGAUCAUGUUAACUGGAACACUGUGGAUGAGAGUGCCUUCAUCGACUAAUGCCUGUUUCACACUUCCUGUGUUUUCUUGUUUUAUUUGCUUUUUGUAUAUGAACACAGUCAUAUCUGUCUAAUUUUAUACAUACAUAUAUAAAAAUAUAUCAAACUGAA